AUGACGCGAAGUACUCAGCCGGGCCUGCGCUUUCGGACCCGGAAACUCUCACCCAAACAACCCCUCAACGUUAUCCGUGAGGAUCAAAUAGACUCGGACGAAUACAAGGAACUCGUCGAUAAUCAAUAUAAAGUCGAGACCGGCGUCGAAAAGUCGGAAGAGAAUGAAUACCAUCUCCAAGAGGCCUUGGCCGCUGCCCUCGGGCGUGGCUCCAAGGAGGAAGCAAAGAAGAUAGUGCCAGCACCUCCAUCAGAGGAAACCAAGGACAUCAACUAUGAUGAGCUGUAUGCUUUCAAAUUCUCCAAGUCUUCGUCUUACAUUCGCUUCUCCCAAACGGUAGAAGAAUGUACUGGUUGUCAAUAUGACAUGACCACCGACGACGAUGUCUUCCUCAAAGCCUACAACCAAAAGAAGCCCCCGACGGGCCAAUGCUCUGAGGAUGACUUCGAGAAGAUCAUGGAAGCCUUUGAGACCACUGCUGAUCGCCAAACACCAUUCGCCGCAGUUGACAAUACUGUGGCAGGGUUUGAAAUGAUGGCAUUUGCCCUGAAGCAGGAUAUUGAUAAGAAAGCUCAAGCUUUUGCCAAGGAUAUCUAUGAUUAUUGGAAGACAAGGAGGCAAUGCUCCAGCAAUCGGCCACUUCAGCCGACUCUGAAAUUUGAACUUCAUCAGGACAGUGACGACGGAGAUCCAUAUGUGUGCUUCCGUCGCCGUGAUGUUCGCCAGACCCGUAAGACGAGGGCACGAGAUAUCCAAGUCACGGAUAAGCUACGCAAGCUGCGUAAAGAAUUGGAGGAUGGACGACAACUCAUUCUCAUGUCUCUGCAAAGGGAACAUGCCAAACGAGACCUUCUCGUCAUUGAUCGUUCGAUCUUUGAGCAACGUGGCAAGGUCAAGGAGAUCAGACAGAGACUCGGCAUCAAGGUCGAUGACGAAGUCCUCAUUAACCAAAAGCCACAGAAGAGGAAGCCCGUCGAGGUACCUCAACUUCAACGUACCCCUGGAACCCAGAUCCGCAUUCCCAGUAGUAGAACUGAUGGGCGCAUAAUCGAGGCCGAUCUCACUCUCCUGUCCGACGUGCUCGCCCAGAAGGAGAACUUACUUCAAAUGGAGAUCGAUUCAAAGAUACAGCAACACCAGAGGUGGAACCAAAACCAUAUCGACAUGACGAGAGAACCACUCUCCGAUGCUCGCACUCCGCCACCAGAUUCCAGCUUCCGCCUUGCUAUGACGCAGUACCCGAUGACACCACCUGCAUCGGUAAGCGAAGAGUCAUGCGAGAAUGCUUUGGAACCCAGAGAGAUUCGGGGCUUCUCGCCACCACCAGAAGAGGAGCCAUAUGGCCUGCCUUCGUAUCGUAGGCGUAUCGGUCGUCUUGGGCGGCUGUGGAUUGACAGAAGGGGUCUACCAUCGCCUCCAGCAGGUCCGACUGAUUCUCGCUCUGACCGAUGGAAGUAUGACCAGGAUGACGAUGACGACACUCCGAUGUAUGAUGUAGAUCCGUACGACACCAAUGCAUUAAAGUUCAGAGCUACUAUCCCAUACACGGACAGGAACAGACGUCCUCCGGAAAUCGCUGGCGCCAACGGCCCUGUCGCAAACAGUACAGCGUCGAAUCCUGCAAACCGUCCUUCAAUCUCUCUCCCCUCUCAAAAACCAACCUGA